AGGGGCGGAGGCGGCCCUGCCCCAGUGGCCCAGCCCGGCGCCGGGCGCGAUGGAGUAGCCGGGCCUGCGGGCGGCGGCGGGCGGCGGGCGCGCGGGGCGAGGGCCCAGGGCCGCGCCGCCACGGGCUCGGGGACAGCGGCCGCGCGCGGAGGGGGGUCGCCGCCCCGACCCCGGCGCCGCCGCGGGAGGCCGCGCCCGCCAUGGCGGCCCGGCUGGUGCUGGACGAGUUCACGGCGCCCGCGGAGAAGGCGGCGCUGCUGGAGCGGAGCCGCGGCCGCAUCGAGGGCCUGUUCGGCGUGAGCCUGGCCGUGCUGGGCGCGCUCGGCGCGGAGGAGCCGCUGCCCGCGCGCAUCUGGCUGCAGCUGCGCGGGGCGCAGGAGGCGGUGCACAGCGCCAAGGAGUACAUCAAGGGCGUCUGCGAGCCCGAGCUGGAGGAGCGCGAGCACUACCCCAAGGCCAUGCACUGCAUCUUCGUGGGCGCGCAGGGCCUGUUCCUCAAGAGCCUGAUCCAGGACACCUGCGCCGACCUCUGCGUGCUGGACGUGGGGCUGCUGGGCAUCCGCGGCAGCGCCGAGGCCGUGGUCAUGGCCCGCAGCCACGUCCAGCAGUUCGUGAAGCUCUUCGAGAGCCGCGAGAGCCUGCCCAGCUGCCAGAAGGAGUCGGAGGUGAAGAGGGAGUUCAGGCAGGUCGUGGAGGCACGCGCCGACAACUACACCAUGGACUUGCUGAUCCUGCCCACGUCCCUGAAGAAGGAGCUGUUGGCGCUCACGCUCGGGGAGGACACCCUGUUUGAGGCGGGAGACGAUGACGUCGUUGAGAUCAGAGGGCCUGAACCGACGGCGACGGCGGGCGCACCGAGCGCGGCCGCGGGGCUGAGCGUGGACGGGGCGGCUCUGCGGGAGGAGGCGAGAAGCGGGGCCGGGACCCCCGUUUCCGAGCUCACGAAACAAAUGGACACCGUGUUCUCUAGCGCCCAAGACGCGCUCUUCCCUCCCGUCAACGGCCUGGCCCCCGAGGACGAGCCGGGCCGGGGCCGGGCUUGCCACAAGCGGCGGUCCUCCGACUCCGAGGAGCGGCACACCAAGAAGCAGUUCUCUCUGGAAAGCGUGGAGGGGGCCGAGCCGGCGCCGGACGCGAAGCCGGCCGCCGCCGCUGUCCUCGCCGACCUGUCCGAGGCGCCCGGCGAGCCAGACGGGCUAAGCCCCGACGUGAAAGACACCACCGAGGAGAUGGAGCACAACAUCCUGGUGAACUUCUUCAAGACCAUGGGCUACUCGCAGGACAUCGUGGAGAGGGUCAUCCGGGAGUACGGGCCGUCCGCCGAGCCCCUGCUGCUGCUGGAGGAAAUCGAGAAGGAGAACCGGCGGAGCCAGGAGGAGCGGGAGUCGGCGCCUGCCACCGGGCACCCCGAGACCAGCAAAGCCAAACACAAGGGAGUUUGUAGCAGCACCAACGAGUUCACCGUGGAUGCCACCCCAAAGAAAAUGCAAGCUCACGCACAGCAAAAUACGGUGAAGAAAUUUUCUCCGCUGCCGUUCAAAGCGGAAUCAAAACCGUGUACCUCAAACUGCAGAAUGAACGCUUACAAAACGGGGCCGAUGGAGCAGAGGCCGGAGCCCUGGGGGCCGCACCCCAACUACGGCGGGAACAUGGACCUGGAAAUCGAUGGCUUUGCCCCCUCCGUCGCCCCCUCGAGCCCCAGUUUUGUUUCGAGGGGAGUGUCAGGUCACCAGCCCAGGAUUCCGGUUUUCCCCGAGAAUGGGGUGCAGCCGCACGGAGAGGCCCUGCUCCCCAACCACCUCAAGUCGGCCUGUGAGAGCCGGGCCGGCUGCCUCGGCUCCCCACAGUCCAGGCCGAACUGCCAGCCCCUCCCGGCCACGCCGCUGCCCCCGCUGGGGCUCUCGGCCGGGUUCUCCGAUCACAUCGACUCCUCGGUGACGGGGGUGCAGAGGUUCCGAGACACCCUGAAGGUGCCCUACAAGCUGGAGCUGAAGAACGAGCCGGGGAGGACGGAUCUGAAGCACAUCGUCAUCGACGGGAGCAACGUCGCCAUCACCCACGGGCUGAAGAAGUUCUUCUCCUGUCGCGGCAUCGCCAUCGCGGUCGAGUACUUCUGGAAGCUGGGCAACCGCAACAUCACCGUGUUUGUGCCGCAGUGGAGGACCCGGCGCGACCCCAACGUCACGGAGCAGCACUUCCUGACGCAGCUGCAGGAGCUGGGCAUCCUGUCCCUGACCCCCGCCCGCAUGGUCUUCGGGGAGCGGAUCGCUUCCCACGACGACAGGUUCCUGCUACACUUAGCGGACAAAACUGGUGGCAUCAUCGUAACGAAUGACAACUUCAGAGAAUUUGUGACCGAGUCGGUGUCCUGGAGAGAAAUUAUUACAAAGAGGCUGCUCCAGUACACCUUCGUGGGGGACAUAUUCAUGGUUCCCGACGACCCUCUGGGAAGGAGUGGACCCCGAUUAGAAGAGUUUCUUCGGAAGGAAGUCUUCCUUAGGGACCUGCAGCCCCUGCUCCCCGCCCUGCCGGCCGUGGGCAUGUUCGACCCCAGCUUCCGGGGCCCCGGCACCCCGGCCGCCGGCACCGGCCACCAGCCCCCCGCCCGGGUCCAGGGCCCCCCGCCCGGCCACUGGCUGCCCCAGCAGCCCCGCUUCCCGCUGGGGCCCGGCCUGCCCGGCCUGCCCAGCGUGCCCCUGCCCGCCCAGCGGUCCUCGGCCGAGACCAGCGAGCUGAGGGGGGCCCUGCUGAAGAUCUUCCCCGACUCGGAGCAGCGGCUGAAGAUCGACCAGAUCCUGGCGGCCCACCCCUACAUGAAGGACCUGAACGCGCUGUCGGCCAUGGUGCUGGACUGAGCGCGGCCCGCGCACUGUGAGGAGGCGGCCGGGAGCCGCUGCGCGCAGGAGGGGAGCGGACCCCGAUUCGUGCAUAAGCCCUGGGUUUUCAAGCCAGCUCUUUUCUACAUAAAUGAUGCUGCUAUCAGAGGACCGGUUCCUGUCGGAGGAGAGUCUGCAUUCUCUGCCUGCUCAGACUGUUUCCUAGCAGUGACUCGAGUGUAAUGACAUUUUUAUGUUUUUUAAACUAUUUUCCUUAAAGCUGAAAAUAUUGACAAAUGAAUAUGAUUAGCCUUUCUAAAUAAAACAAAACAAAACAAAAAAAGAGCUGCUUCCUUAGGGAAGCAAGAUCCUUAAA